GGAUAAUUCAAGUAAUGAUAUGUUGAUUACUAGCGAAACCCAACCUAAUACCUUCUCUAGACCUGUUGGAACAUAUUCAAAUAAAUCAUUUGAAUUUUAUUGUAAAAAUUUAUUUUACGCACAAAAAAAGAAGUGA